GCUGGCCCUCGGUCUCUCGUUGCUCCGGUUCGGACAUGGCGCUGUCUCUGGGCGAGGUGGCUGCGGGCGGCGGCGGCGGCGGCGGCGGCAGCCGUUUGAGGCGACAGCUGGAGUCCGGGAGCUACGCGGCCGAAGAGUACGUGAAGCAGCUGUCCCAGCAGUCGGACGGGGACCGGGACUUGCAGGAGCACCGGCAGCGCAUCCAGGCGCUGAGCGAGGAGACGGCGCAGAGCCUCAAGCGCAACGUCUACCAGAACUACCGGCAGUUCAUCGAGACGGCCCGCGAGAUCAGCUACCUGGAGAGCGAGAUGUACCAGCUCAGCCACAUCCUCACCGAGCAGAAGGGCAUCAUGGAAGCCGUCACCCAGGCUCUGCUCCAGCAGGCCAACACCACCGACCGCGACGACCCGGCCCUGGGGGGCGCCCGGCGAGCUGCCGCCGACCCCCACACCAACCCCUUCCUGCCCCUCUCGACCAAAGACUCCUCGGCCAACGAGGAGGGCCGUCAGCGGACCCUCACGACCCUCCUGGAGAAAGUGGAGGGCUGUCGGGACCUCCUCCCGGAGAGCCCUGGCAAAUACCUCGUCUACAACGGGGACCUGGUGGAGUAUGAUGCUGACCACAUGGUGCAGAUUCAGAAGGUGCACGCCUUCCUUAUGAACGACUGCCUGCUCGUGGCCGCCUGGCUGCCCAACCGUCGUGGGACCUACCGUUAUGAUGCCCUCUACCCUCUUGAUGGGCUGGCUGUGGUCAAUGUCAAGGACAACCCACCCAUGAAGGACAUGUUCAAGUUGCUCAUGUUCCCCGAGAGUCGUAUCUUCCAGGCUGAGAAUGCCAAGAUCAAAAAAGAGUGGCUGGAGGUGUUGGAGGAGACCAAAAGGAACCGCGUUCUCAGUGAGAAGCGCAGGCUGGAGCAGGAGGUCCCAACACGGGCUCGUCCCCCAUCCCCCCCAGAGGCCACCAAUCCUUUUGAGGAGGAAGAGGAAGAUGAGACAAUGCCUGAAGAAGAAACGGUGGAUCUCUCCCUAGAAUGGAUCCAGGAGCUGCCUGAAGAUCUGGAUGUCUGCAUUGCUCAGAGAGACUUUGAAGGGGCAGUUGAUUUGUUAGAUAAGCUGAAUGAGUAUCUGGGAGAUAAACCUGUGACCCAGCUAGUCAGGGAGCUACGAGCAAAAGUGGAUGAAAGAGUCAGGCAGCUCACUGAUGUGCUUGUGUUUGAGCUGUCUCCAGAUAGGUCUUUACGGGGUGGGCCCAGAGCUACCCGCAGAGCUGUUUCUCAGCUCAUCCGCUUGGGCCAAUCAACCAAGGCAUGUGAACUUUUCCUUAAGAACAGAGAAGCUGCUGUUCACACAGCCAUCCGCCAGUUGCGCAUAGAAGGUGCCACUCUGCUGUACAUUCACAAGCUCUGCCAUGUCUUCUUCACCAGCCUCUUAGAGACUGCGAGGGAGUUUGAGACAGACUUUGCUGGCAGCAGUGGGUGUUACUCUGCUUUUGUUGUCUGGGCCCGAUCUGCUAUGAGGAUGUUUGUGGAUGCAUUUAGCAAGCAGGUAUUUGACAGUAAGGAGAGCUUAUCUACUGCUGCUGAGUGUGUAAAGGUGGCGAAGGAACACUGCAACCAGCUCAGCGAGAUUGGUCUGGAUCUGACAUUCAUCAUUCAUGCCCUACUAGUGAAGGAUAUCAAAGGUGCUCUGCAGAGCUACAAAGAUAUCAUAAUUGAGGCCACAAAGCAUCGUAAUUCUGAAGAGAUGUGGAGGAGAAUGAACCUGAUGACCCCGGAAGCUCUAGGGAAGCUUAGAGAGGAGAUGAGAAGCUGUGGCGUGACCAGUUUCGAUCAGUACACUGGUGACGACUGCUGGGUGAAUCUUAGCUACACUGUUGUGGCUUUCACCAAACAGACCAUGUUCUUCUUGGAGGAAGCUCUUAAAUUGUACUUCCCUGAGCUGCAUAUGGUCCUGCUGGAAAGUCUGGUGGAGAUCAUCCUUGUGGCUGUCCAGCAUGUUGAUUACAGUUUACGGUGUGAACAGGACUCUGAGAAGAAAGCAUUCAUCAGGCAGAAUGCCUCUUUCCUUUAUGAAACUGUCCUUCCUGUUGUGGAGAAGAGGUUUGAGGAAGGAGUUGGGAAGCCGGCUAAGCAGUUGCAAGAUCUGAGGAAUGCUUCAAGACUGAUGCGCGUUAAUCCUGAAAGUACUACCUCUGUGGUGUGAAAUGCAAUGCCUCCAUCCUUCACAUAUAAAAUGUUAUAUGUAUACACCUAAUAUAUACCUGUAUAUAUACAGGUAUAAUAUACCUGUGUGCACACAAGCCUUUUUCAUGCCCCUGACAGCAACCAAAUCUAAGAACACCUACUUCUAGCUAAUCAUGCCCUGCAAACAAAUUGGAAGGCAAAGGAAGAGAGAAGAAUUAAAGCAAGUACUGUAGUUAGAAAGCCGCAUAUGGCGCAUUCCCUCUGAUGGCAUUUUAGACUGAGAAGGUCAACUGGUGGCAAGACUGGUGUUUUGGUCCAAAAACUAGUAUUUGAAUGAAUAAUUUAAGGAUAAUUAGUACGAUCAAGAAUAAUCUCUAACAAGUAUAAACUGGUUUGUAGGAGUAUAAAUUAUGGGAUACAAUGAUUCCAUUAUAUUGGGCUUCAAAAGAAGAAGCUAUUUAGGAAACAAAAGCAUAAUUUAUUCUUCGGUAACUAGAGGAAAGAUGUAAAAGCUGAAGCAAAUACUUGAUUUCAAAAAGACCCAGCUUGAAAUACCUUUUGAAAAUUAAAACUUGACAAGAGCAUAGAAUUCACAGUCUUAUAAGGAGAAGUUCAGUUUGCGAUAUGAACCUUAGCAACAAUAAAUACUACUACAAUUGUAAAGGACUGCAAUCAAA